UUUGUGGAGCGUUGAGGAGUCGCUGUGCAGCCGCGUCCGAGCUGCUGAGGACAGUGCGGAGCUGGAGCCGCGAGAGUCUGCGAAGCGUCUGCGAACAAAACGAGAAAGAAAAACGUCCCUCGCGCGAAUUUUAUGAGGCUUAAUGUGAUUCCUCGGACCUUCAGCCUUUUGUGUCGUUUUUUUAAAAGGAUGUAUUAUUGCUAACGCUUCAGAAGAGGAGCAACAUUUCCACAGAAAAUGGGGAAUUACAGUAUUUGGAUAUUCCUGACUGUUUUAAGUUUCGUACAGAAUUGUGAAGGCCUGCGCUGUGUGGACACAUACAGACCAUGUGAGAAUGGAGGAAUGUGCAUAGACUCAAGAUGCAUGUGUCGACCAGGGUUUAUCGGACAGCUGUGUCAGCACCUGGAUCCAUGUCACCGCUCCCCGUGCCUUAAUGGAGCCGCCUGCAAAAGCCAGGUGGCCAAUGGUGUCCCACAGUUCACCUGUGUGUGCCAGAGGGGCUUCAGAGGUCAAAACUGCUCUCUGAUUGAUGCUUGUGCCACCAGCCCAUGUGCCAACGGUGCCCGCUGCACUAACUGGAACAACCACUACAACUGCUCGUGUCCUCCAGGCUACCAAGGAAAAAACUGCCGCACCGACAUCGACGAGUGCCGCAAGCCUGGCAAGUGCCUUAACGGUGGAAUCUGCAUUAACACACACGGCUCCUUCCGCUGCGAGUGCAUGGUGGGCUACAGCGGGCGCACGUGUGAGGUGCCCACUCAGCCCUGCGCCCCAUCACAGUGCCUUAAUGGGGGAACCUGCCACCAGACCGGAGAACACACCUAUGAAUGUGCCUGCCUGCCAGGUUUUGGGGGCCUUAACUGUGAGAUAAAUGUGGAUGACUGUCCUGGCCACAAGUGCAUGAACGGAGGGACUUGUGUGGAUGGAGUCAACACUUACAACUGCCAGUGCCCACCUGAGUGGACAGGUCAGUACUGUGCCGAGGAUGUAAAUGAGUGCCUUAUGCAGCCCAACGCCUGCCACAAUGGUGGCACGUGCUUCAAUACCAUUGGCGGUCACACAUGCGUCUGUGUUAACGGCUGGACGGGUGACGACUGCAGCGAGAACAUCGACGACUGUGCCACUGCCGUAUGCUUUAAUGGAGCAACCUGCCACGACCGCGUGGCCUCCUUCUACUGCGAGUGUCCUGUUGGCAAGACUGGUCUGCUGUGUCACCUGGAUGACGCGUGCGUCAGUAAUCCCUGCAACGAAGGUGCAGUGUGUGAUACCAACCCGCUGAAUGGCCGGGCCAUCUGCACCUGUCCCGCCGGCUUCAUUGGGGGAGCUUGCAACCAGGACAUGGACGAGUGCUCUAUCGGUGCGAACCCAUGUGAACAUUUCGGGAAGUGUGUUAACACAGAGGGUUCAUUUCAGUGCCAGUGCGGUCGGGGCUACACAGGACCUCGCUGUGAGAUUGACAUAAAUGAGUGCCUCUCUAUGCCCUGCCAGAACGACGCUACCUGCCUGGACCGCAUCGGAGAGUUCACCUGCAUCUGCAUGCCUGGCUACAUGGGCACACACUGUGAGGUGGACAUAGAUGAGUGUGAGAGCAACCCCUGUGUAAACGACGGUAUCUGCAGAGACCUCGUCAACGGCUUUACCUGCACCUGCCAGCCAGGCUUUACUGGCACCAUGUGUCAAAUCGACAUUGAUGAGUGCGCCAGCACACCCUGCCAGAACGGAGCCAAGUGCAUCGACCGACCCAAUGGCUACGAGUGCCGCUGUGCUGAAGGCUUUGAGGGCAGACUCUGUGAGAGCAACAUUGAUAACUGCCAGCCUGACCCAUGCCACCAUGGCACCUGUGUGGACGGCAUCGCCAGCUACACUUGUAACUGUGUGGCCGGCUACACAGGUUACCGCUGUGAGAACCAGCUCAAUGAGUGUGGCAGCAACCCCUGCCAGAACGGGGGCAAAUGCGUGGACCUGGUCAACAAAUACAUCUGCCAGUGCCAGCAUGGCACAUCAGGCACCAACUGUGAAAUCAACUAUGAUGAUUGUGCCAGCAAUCCAUGUGAAUAUGGCAUCUGCAAGGAUGGCAUUAACCGUUAUGACUGCGUGUGCAAACCCGGCUUCACUGGCCCUCAGUGUAACGUGGAGCUGGAUGAGUGCUCAUCGAACCCUUGCCGAAACGGAGGCACCUGUGUGGAUGAGGAAAAUGGCUUCCGCUGCCUGUGUCCUGCUGGAUUCCACGAGCCAUACUGCUACUCGCAUGUGGACGAGUGCAGCAGCAGCCCCUGUGUGCACGGAGCCUGCAGAGAGGACCCCAACGGGUACCGCUGUGACUGUGAGCCAGGCUGGGUGGGCAAGAACUGUGACCUUGACCGCAAUGACUGUUUGCCCAACCCCUGCCAAAACACUGGCACCUGCAUCGACCAGCUCAACGGCUUCACCUGCAAGUGUCGACAAGGCUUCAGAGGUAACCUAUGCCAGCUGAACAUCAAUGAGUGUGCAUCCAGCCCCUGUCUGAAUCAGGGCACUUGUGUGGACAGAAUAGCCAGUUUCACCUGUCUUUGUGAGCCGCCCUACAGUGGUCCCACCUGCGCUGAGGUGCUCACGCCCUGCUCACCCAAUCCCUGUGCCAAUCACGCCAUCUGCACGCACACGGCUGACUACCUCGGUUACCAGUGUAACUGCCAGCCUGGAUGGCAGGGCCAGCUGUGUAAUAUUGACAUAAACGAGUGCACAUCUAAUCCAUGUAAGAACCGUGGCACCUGCACCAAUAUGUUAGGCGGCUAUGUGUGCUCAUGCCGCGCUGGAUACACUGGACCCAACUGUGAAACUGACAUCAAUGACUGUUUCCCAAACCCGUGCCUGAGUGGAGGCACAUGCACAGAUGGUAUCAACACCUUUUACUGCACCUGUCUGCCUGGCUUCACGGGCCCACGCUGUGCCAUCGAGGUGAACGAGUGCCAGAGCGCCCCCUGCAAGAAUGGGGGCACCUGCACCGACUACGUCAACAGUUACACCUGCACCUGCAAGCCAGGUUUCACUGGCCUGCACUGCGAGACCAACAUACCUGACUGUACUGAGAGCUCAUGCUUUAAUGGCGGUACCUGCCUGGAUAAGAUCAAUGGCUUUAACUGCAUGUGCCGCUCAGGCUUUACUGGAGACCACUGUCAGUAUGAGGUGAACAAGUGCAACUCACAGCCUUGCCUUAACGGAGGAUUGUGCCACGAUGGCUUGGAGUCGUUCCACUGCUCCUGCCCAAAGGGCUACACCGGCAGCCGCUGCCAGAUGCCUGUGGACUGGUGCAGACGCCCGAAUCCUUGUCAGAACAGUGGACGCUGCAGACCUAAAGACGGCUCCUGCGACUGCGUGGGCGGCUGGUCUGGACGCUACUGCGACAUUCCAGGGGUCUCCUGCGAGAUGGCUGCCAUUCAGAGACAUAUCCAGAUAGAUGAGCUUUGUCAUCACGGCGGUCACUGUGUGAACACUGGAAGCACACACUACUGUAAGUGUCCAGUUGAUUACACAGGCAGCUACUGUGAGAGUCAGGUGGAUCACUGUGAGGACAAACCCUGCCUCAAUGGCGCCACCUGCAGAGGCUAUGUAGGAGGAUACACAUGUGAUUGUAUGCCAGGGUUUGAAGGACAGAACUGCGAGAGGGAUAUAAACGAGUGCCGCUCAAAUCCCUGUCAGAACGGAGGCACCUGCAUUGAUCUAGUUGGACGCUACAUCUGCUCCUGCCCUCCUGGAACACUGGGGGUCCUGUGUGAGAUAAACGAAGACGACUGUGCCACUCCUACAAGGCCUCACGGCAUGCCCAAGUGUCAGAAUAACGGAACCUGUGUGGAUCGGGUAGGAGGCUAUCGCUGUAACUGUCCUCCAGGCUUCACGGGCGAACGCUGUGAGGGAGAUAUAAAUGAGUGCCACUCCAACCCCUGCAACCCAGCCAACAGCCUGGACUGCAUCCAGCUGCCCAAUGACUACCUGUGUGUCUGCAAGCCAGGCUUUACAGGUCGAGGCUGUCAGAACAGGUUUGGUGUGUGCGAGUCACAGCCUUGUAAGAAUGGUGGAGCAUGCUCCGGGUCCAGCAGCUCACCACUGGGAUAUAUUUGCACAUGUCAGCUGGGCUAUGCAGGAGCUAACUGUGAGCGCAGCAUGUCAUGCAGAGAGUUGUCCUGCUAUAAUGGUGGCACCUGCACUGUGACAUCUCAUGGCGCACGUUGCUCCUGCCAGCAGGGCUUUGCUGGACCACAAUGUCAGCACCGUAGCAACCAGAGCUGCUCAUCCAAGCCCUGCCGCAAUGGAGGCCUUUGCACCGAGGAGGCUAUCUUCCCCUUCUUCAGCUGCCAUUGCAUAGGAGGCUGGAAGGGUAAGCGCUGUGAACAGGAGCCCCGCAUGCCAGAGCCGGCCGUGCCCUCGUGCCCUAUUGCUGACUGCCACGGCAAGGCCAAUGAUGGUGUCUGCGAUAAGGAGUGCAACACCUUCCCCUGCCACUGGGAUGGGGGAGACUGCUCGCUGGCUGUGGACCCUUGGGCACGCUGUGCUGACCCACAUUGCUGGCGCGUCUUUAACAACAGCCACUGCGAUGAGUCGUGCAAUAACGCAGACUGCCUGUAUGACAACUUUGACUGUAAGAGCAAGGAGAAGGUCUGCAAUCCCAUCUAUGAGACAUACUGUAUGGACCACUACGCAGAUGGGCGCUGCGAUCAGGGCUGUAAUAAUGAGGAGUGUGGUUGGGAUGGUCUGGACUGUGCAAAGACGGUUCCUGAGGACCUUGCAGAUGGGGUGCUGGUCAUUGUAGUUCUGCUGCCUCCAGAGGAGUUGCUGCGGACAGGCACUGCCUUUUUGCAGAAACUCAGCGGCAUCCUGCGCACGUCCCUGCGCUUCCGACUCGACCGCAAUGGAGAGGCCAUGAUCCGGCCCUACACUCGCCGCGAAGCGCGCCUCAAACGAGAACUCAUGCCCCAACAGGAGGUCAUUGGGUCAAUCGUGUACCUGGAGAUUGAUAACCGCCUCUGCUCCCAAGAUUCAGAUAAUUGCUUCCCCACAGCAGACAGCGCUGCUGAAUACCUUGGUGCACUGUCUGCUCAGGAGAUGCUGCGCUUCCCUUACCCACUCAAAGAGGUCCGCGGUGAGAAAAUUGAGUACCCACCUAAAGUGCCUGACUGGGGUAAGCUGCUGCUGGUGGGUGUGGCAGCGCUUUUCUUGAUGGUCAUCCUGGUGGUGGGCAUGCUGAUUGCUCGGCGUAAGCGUGAGCACAGCACCCUCUGGUUCCCUGAGGGAUUCUUCCUCAAAAAGGAGACCAGCAGCAACAAGAACCGCAGAGAACCAGUGGGCCAGGAUGCUCUGGGCAUGAAGCACAUGUCAAAGACAGUGGAGGAGUCCUUACUUGGAGACCACAGUGACCAGUGGAUAGACACAGACUGCCCUGAGGCCAAGAGACUAAAGGUGGAGGAGCCCAGUAUUCUCUCGGACAGUGAGGAUGCUGUGGACAGCAGGCAGUGGACACAGCAUCAUUUGGCAGCCGCAGACAUCCGCAUGCCUCCCUCCAUGGCCCUCACACCUCCACAGGGUGAAUUUGAUGGUGACUGCAUGGAUGUCAAUGUGCGAGGACCAGAUGGCUUUACUCCACUGAUGCUGGCCUCAUUCUGUGGAGGCGGGCUGGAGCCGGAGGUGGCAGAAGAUGAUGACUCAGAGGAGUCUUCAGCCAACAUCAUAUCAGACCUGAUCUACCAGGGGGCAUCUCUGGGUGCACAGACAGACCGGACUGGAGAGACUGCGCUGCACCUGGCCGCCCGCUAUGCACGCGCUGAUGCUGCAAAGAGGCUGCUAGAUGCCGGAGCAGAUGCAAAUGCACAGGACAACACUGGCCGCACACCCCUGCAUGCAGCUGUGGCCGCUGAUGCCCAGGGAGUCUUCCAGAUUUUGAUCAGGACAAGGGCGACAGAUCUGGAUGCACGAAUGUAUGAUGGUUCCACAGCUCUGAUCCUGGCAGCCAGGCUGGCUGUGGAGGGCAUGGUGGAGGAACUAAUUACCUGCCAUGCUGAUGUUAAUGCUGUGGAUGAGCUAGGUAAAUCUGCACUGCACUGGGCAGCAGCUGUGAACAAUGUUGAAGCAACUGUUGCCCUGUUGAAGAAUGGAGCCAAUAAAGAUAUGCAAGACCUUAAGGAGGAAACACCACUUUUCCUGGCUGCUAGAGAGGGCAGCUGUGAGGCAGUGAAGGUACUGCUGGCUCACUUUGCAAACCGGGAGAUCACGGACCACAUGGACAGGCUUCCACGUGACAUCGCCCAGGAGCGCAUGCAUCAUGACAUUGUGCAGCUACUGGAUGAGUACAACACAGUACGCAGUCCCCAGAGCCACUCCGGAGCCCCUGGACACCACCUGACUGGUGCCCACACGCUUUCACCCCUCAUGUGCCCCCCCAGCAGCUUCCUGCCUGGCCUGAAAAGUGCUCCACAGGGCAAGAAGAGCCGUCGCCCAGGUGCCAAAGGCUUGGGUGGAGGACAUGCAUCCAGCUUGAAAGAUUCAGUGAAGGCACGGAACAAGAAGCUGACGCUGGACAUGCAAAGUGCGCUGCUGGAAAGCUCAGUCACCCUCUCGCCUGUUGACUCGCUGGACUCGCCACGUGGGGGUGCUAGCAAUGCUGGAUACGUCACUAACCCCACCUCCCCGGCUGCCAUGCCCUCCCCAGGCCUUUUCCACACCUCCAUGUCUGUGCCCAGCACUCCCAUGGUGCAUACCAGCCUGUUGGAUGGCAGCAGUGGUCCGUUUGCAGUGUCUAUGGCUGGCCUAAGUGACCUGGCUGAUGGUGGCCUUUCCAUGCAGGGUCGCCUGUCUAUGCAGGCGGCCCAGCCCACCCAUGGCUACGUUCUGAACACCGGGCAAAUGGCACUGGGUAUGGGCUUGGUCAGCCCAGUCAGUGUGCCAUUUGACUGGCACAGCCGUGUAGCCCCUUCAUCCCAGUGCGGCCAGCCAAUGGUGAGCAUGGUGCACCCAGCAGGCGGCCAGGGAGCCAUGCAUCCGCAGACCCCCGGCACAAUGCAGCCUAACAUGCUCAUGCACCAGCAGGUGUUCCACAGCAGUCAGCAGCCCAUGCUUCAGCCCACGCCAGUGCCCAGCACGCCCUCUCUCAGCCCAGUCAAGCUGCCCUCCAUGGCCGAACAGCAACAACAGCAGCAGCAGCAAAUCCACAACCACACUCUCAGCAACCAGCAAAGCUUGGCCAAUAUGGGUUCCUCAACUCCUCCAACUCCACAGCAGCCACAGAAUCCUCCAGCCUUCUACCAGCAGCAGCAGCAGCAGAGUCAAGGUCAGCCCCAGCAGCAGCAGCAGCAGCAGCAGCCCCAGGCCCCCCCAGCUUCACAGCCUUCACAAAGCCAGGCUGCCCCAUCUCAGGCAUCUCAGGCUCCCCCAACCCAGGCCAGCAGCAACAGCACAGGCUUAGAGGACUACCCCACCCCACCAUCACAGCACAGCUACACCUCUGCCAUGGAUGCCACGCCCAAGCAUUACCUGCACCUGCCUAACGAGCACCCCUACCUGACCCCAUCUCCCGAAUCUCCAGAGCCUUGGUCUAGCCCCUCGCCCCACUGCGUGUCUGACUGGUCCGAUUCUACCCCCAGCCCGGCAGUCGCCGGCCCCAACCAGACCCAGAUCCCCCACGUCUCAGAGCCCAAUGGCAAGAUGCAGGUGUUCGCGUAAAACAAGCUGAACUUCUGGGACCUGUCGAGAGUAGAGGAGAAAAUCUCACUCUAGGGCUCAUGUAUUUUUUGUGCUUUUAAUUACACGUCAGCCCGUUUCCAAGAUUUUAAUUGGAUUAUGGAUUGACUUGGUGUUCGUCAAGAAGACCCCUCUGCCGGUUUUUGUCCGCAGAAGAAAAGAGUAAAAGGGAAAAAAUUGUGUUGUCUUAAAAAGAAAAGACAAUUUAAUGAAGUAAGACGUUCUGUCACAGAUGGACUUCUUUUUUUAUUAUUAAAAAAAAAAGUAUAUGAAGAAGAAAGAAACCACGUCUUUCAUUUCAAAGACUUGGGGACACUCACCUGAAACUAACAAACUUUUUAAAAAGUA